AUGGGGGUCUCGAGCAAGGGCGACGCAGCGCCCUCCCGCUCCCGCAAGUCGAGCGUCGCCGACAACAGCACCACCACCCCUUCGCAGGCCUCCGCCGCGCCUACAACCUUCUUCCUACGGAGCGAGAGCGAGAUGGAGCAGAUGGCUGAGGCGUCGACGCUAGGACCAAAGGACAGCACGUACGGCGUCCAGAGCCUCGAGGAUGCUCUCGCCCAGUCCUUUUCUCGCGCCGAUGCAGCGCACGAAGACGACGAUGGGGAGAAGAAGAGCAGGAGGGGCAGCAAUGCGGGCAGUCACACCGGCAGCGCGACCAGCUCAGCAAAACGGCGCAGCGUCGCGGACACGGCGUGGAUGGGCAAAGGCAUAGCGGGCAUCCAUCCCCCGUCGGAGUACGGCAGUCCGAGCAGCAGACUGCGCAACAUGAGUCGUUCGCCUGUUGCGGCGUACGGGAAGGACGGGAAGGACGGGAAGGACGGGAAGGGCCACACGAGGAGGAACAGCUUCGCGACGCUGUCGGAGACGCUGACGCCGCUGAAUAUGGAGAGCCCGAUGCCGGCGUCCGAGGCGGGGGCAAGCACGCCAAAGAGCGCGAGUUUGAUGAGCUUCAGGCUGAGCGAUGAGGAGAGCGUGGCUAGUCAGGCGAUCGCGUCUAGCGAAGAGGAUGAGGAGGAUGCAGAGGCAGGGCCGGAUAAGGGCACGGAAGGAGAUGCGAGUUUGCCGCAGCUGGUCAUGCCGAGCAUACAGAUGCCGACACGGAGGCCAUUUACGGACAGGGGCAAGAGGAUGGGGAGGCUGAAGGUCAUGGUUGUGGGACCAAGGGGGGUGGGCAAGACGAGCCUGAUUAGGAGCAUCGUGCAGGUUUGCGAGGAUGUUGUGCAUGUCGACCCGCUGAGCUCAACCACGCCUGUCCUUCAAGUUCCGCAAUCGAAGCAGUCGAAGGCCAAGAAGGCCAAGGAGAGCGUGGAGGGUACGGCCAGCAUCACAGAAAUCCAUGCAAGCACGAAGGCCUAUCCACAAUGGUGGUCAGAUAUGGAUGAAAGCAGAGUGCUGAGGAGAAGAAAGAGUAGCUCUGGAGACGCGGUAUUGGAGAGGAAUCUGUGCUUCGUUGAUACGCCAGGUCAGAAACCAAUGGAGACCAAUGACCCUGCCAGCGAACACGUGGAGUCCUUGUUUCACCGCAACAUGUCCAUUGUGUCAAUGAGCGAUGGAGAUCUGUUGAGUAUUCUAAGCGGCGGUGGCGGCAUCCAGGUGGACGUUGUUCUCUGCGUAGUCUCGCAUCCAAGUCAAUUAGAGGGCCCCCUCGAACACCUUCGACGACUCUCGAACUUGACUAACGUCAUUCCCGUGCUCAGCAGCUCAGACGUACUGAGCUUAGUGGAGGCCGUAAACUUCAAGCUACAGAUCCUCGAAUCCCUCCGUGAAGCCGACAUCCGACCGUUUCUAUUUGGCAAAACAACAGAAGACGCCGUCGCCGCCGUGCAAGCCCAGCAGGCCGCCGCCGCCGCUUCGCCAGACGCAAGCAACACAACCGUACUGGCGAUACCCUGUCCCCCAUACGCCGUCUCAUCAGCUCCCGACAAUGAAGCCGACAUGGACGCCUCUCUCAUGAUGUCACCUUCUUACGUCCAGCCUCUCCUACCAUCCGAACUUACCGCCUUGGUGUCCCAAGUCUUCGACCCCGACAACAUCGCCUGGCUCCGUCACUCAGCCGUCAAGAAGUUUCUCCGCUGGCGCUCCGCGCUGCCGCGCCCAACAGCCGACUCGAUGCUGAUGCACAACUUCCCCCACCACCUCGGCCCUCAGGGCCAAGCUCUAGACCUAACAUCCACCACUAUCCCCGCAGCCGCCGCAGCCGCCGCAUCCACCUCUCCCCUCUCAACCGGCUCCUCUCCCUUCUCAUCCCGGCUCCUCUCCGCCUCUCCCUCCGGCGUCCUCGUCCCGCACCGCCCCCACUCCCCCGCCUCGGCCUUCGACAUGGUAACCGCAAGCUACGCGCUCGCGAAAUACCGGGACCACACCCAGCGCGAAGAGCGGCUCGCGCAGGUGCGACUCGCGAAAUGGGCCACGGACCUCCAGCGGAGUCUCGAGAACGAGCGGAGGCGGUACGCGGAACUGCAGCAGGGGGAGCGGAAGCGGUGGUUGCUCGAGCGCGUGGGUGAUGAGGUGGCGGAGGGAAAGGCGGGGAUGGGCAUGCCGGCCGUGGAUGUCGAAUGGGCGCUCGUGAAGCAUGGCGAUAAGGCCGACGCAUGGAAGGAGGGCGGUACGUGGCAGAGGGGUGGGGCGUUGAGGAAUCCAAGGGAUCCACUGGGGCUGUGUGAGUGGGGGGAUGGGUUUAGGAAGAGGUGCUGGUUGCUUGUGCAGGUGCUGGGGAGCUGUGGUAUCAUUGGGGCGGUGGCGGUCGCGGUGGUGAGGUUGUGCGAGAGCGGUGGGGAGGGGGUUGGGUUUGAGGGCUGGUGGAAGGGGUGGGUAGGUGAGUGA